AUGAGGAAACUGAUGAAGAUGAAGAAGAGCACAAAAAUUCGCAGUAGAAAGGAAACGAGCAAGGAGGAACCGUCAGCGGCGGAGUUGUGGGAUUUGGGGAGCCCGCUGUAUGAUUCCCACGAAGUGGUGUCGGUCAUACAUUUGAUCGACCGGCACCUGAUGGCUCUGCCGUCGUCAUUGGGCAACGACGGAUCGAAGCGGCUCAGUAGAAAGUUCUCAUCGUCAACGUCGGGCCGGAUGCAGGCUGUAGUUGUCCCGGCCCCACCUUCUCCAACUCGCUCCACCGGAGGGCGGGAUAAAGAUUUCAUCAUUGCCGCCGCUGGAGGUGGUGGUGGUUCUUCUGAAGAUUAUCAGUUGAAGGUGGGUGGGAUGUUGGGUUUCGUGGGCAAGAAGUUAAGGAAAAGAAAUGAGAAGAAGAAAAAGAAAAUUAGUAGAAGGAGCGGUAAGGAAGGUAAGCAGCAGCUGUUGGCCAAGGGCAAGAAAUCAGUAGGGUUAAUCAUUGCUUGCUUUGGGCGCAAGAAAUGCUGA